AAGAAGGAGGAAGGAGACCGUUUUGAUAACAGGCCGCGACCUGCUACGUAUAGCUGCAAUAGUUGGGGGGAAAAAGGUUACAUAACUUCGAAAAUAGUGAUUUCAUCUUAGCGUUCUGUGAUCUUCAAACAAAGAAGCGUCGAGACGAAGCUCUUCUGCAGCAUAUUUUCCGCGAUAUUUUGACUUUGGCACACCAUUUCAUCCAUUUUAGACGGCACAAUAUGGCUGACGAUUUUGACGUUGAGGCCAUGCUGGAGGCUCCAUAUCGAAAGGAUGAGAACAAAUCUUCUCAUGCAAACGGACACGAUGAUCAGAGCAAGAAGAAAAGGAGGAGCCGAAGCAAAAGCCGGAGCCCUGGCUCUAGGAAGAGGAGAAGCAGAAGCAAAGACAAAAAGAAGGGUAAGAAGAGGAGCAAGAGCCGAGAAAGGAAACGAAGCCGCAGCAGAGAACGACAUCGCAGCCGCUCUCGAAGCAAGGAUCGAUCUGGACGGUACAGAGCACGCAGGAGUCCCAUCCGGAAACGUUCCAAAAGUCGAAGCCCCUUCAAAAAAGAAAAGAGUCCCAUCAGGCAACCAAUUGACAAUCUAACACCAGAGGAAAGAGACGCUCGUACAGUUUUCUGUAUGCAGCUUGCUGCAAGAAUCAGAGCACGAGACCUGGAAGAUUUCUUUUCAGCUGUUGGAAAGGUCAGAGAUGUGAGAAUGAUCUCGGACAGAAACUCUCGCAGAUCAAAGGGCAUUGCUUACAUAGAGUUUGUGGAGGCCUCUUCUGUACCACUGGCAAUUGGAUUGACCGGCCAGAGGCUUUUAGGAGUGCCCAUCAUCGUCCAGGCAUCUCAGGCAGAGAAAAACAGAGCGGCUGCUGCUGCCAACAACCUACAGAAGGGCAGUUCAGGUCCGAUGCGGCUGUAUGUUGGGUCACUGCACUUCAACAUCACUGAAGAAAUGCUUCGAGGGAUCUUUGAGCCGUUUGGGAAGAUUGAAGGAAUCCAGCUCAUGAUGGACAGUGAAACUGGACGAUCCAAAGGAUAUGGCUUCAUAUCGUUUGCAGACGCAGAAUGUGCAAAAAAGGCACUGGAGCAACUGAAUGGCUUUGAGCUUGCUGGACGUCCAAUGAAGGUGGGGCAUGUUACAGAGCGCUCAGACUCAUCGACAGCCAGCUCGUUCCUGGAUAAUGAUGAGCUUGAGAGAACCGGCAUCGACCUUGGCACCACAGGACGUCUACAGCUUAUGGCUCGACUAGCAGAAGGAACUGGUCUGAAGAUUCCUCCUGCUGCUCAACAGGCUCUACAGAUGACUGGGUCCAUACCUUUUGGGAACAUUGCUGCUCCAGCAGUUCCAGCUCCCGCUCCAAGCCAAGCUUUGAACCUGCCAUCGCAGCCUCUGGCCACGCACUGCCUCCAGCUGUCCAACCUGUUCAACCCACAAGCAGAAAAUGAUCCAAGCUGGGCUUCUGAAAUCCAAGACGACGUGAUUGAAGAGUGCAACAAACACGGAGGAAUCGUUCACAUCUAUGUUGAUAAGAACUCUGCUCAAGGAAAUGUGUAUGUGAAGUGUCCCUCAAUACCAGCAGCGAUGGCCACUGUUAAUGCACUUCAUGGACGCUGGUUUGCAGGAAAAAUGAUAACAGCUGCCUACGUUCCUUUACCAACCUACCACAACCUUUUCCCUGAUUCAGUAACAGCAAAGCAGCUUCUAAUGCCGGCACGUCGAUAGUCUGAGACAUGCUUAUGAAAGUCAGUGUAAAUACAUUUGUUUGCAUUCAUGAAAAUGUCAUCGAAAAAGGCGCAUUGAAAUUAGUUGGCUGUGUGUAAUAAAAGUGGCCUCAAGUUUGCAUUCAUCAUCGAAAGUUAGGGUUUUUUUUAGUUGCUUUUCAAAUUUUGUGGGUUUGUGUUGUAAACUACCACCAAGGAGUAAUCUGCAGGUAUCUAUUGGUCUGUAUGUUUUUAAAUAUUUCUGUCUUAUCUGCUUGUUUAAAUCAACAGUUUUAGAUUUAAAACAAAUUGCAAAGAGUUACAAAAUAUGUUGGGUUAAUAGGCCUUAAAUGCCAAAAGUAUAUCAAUGUCAACAAUAAUCCUUUGUAACUUUAUACAGCCAUAAUUUCAUUUUUGUAUGAAGGCUCCCAAUAAACUUGGAAAAUUUGACAAAUGAUUUGGUUUUUGUUACCAUUUGGGUAGUUUGUCAAUCCAAGGUUUAAUUUAAAAUGAAUCUGUGAUUAAAGUCUUAAUUACAGCAUUGGA